GCACUGGCGCGCAGAAGCCAAAAAGCUUUGAAGACUGAGGCGGGCUUUAUCAAGCCUCGCAUCAUGCCGUACAAUCCUCACAAGUAAGCGGAACUCCAGAGGAAGGUGAUCGACGGUAACCCGUAACUAUUUAUUCCUAUCGAAUUUGAACACAGGGGAGGAUUCCCGGACGUUAACAGAAUCCCCUCAGCAGUUUUUAUCCUUGAAAAUUCAAACAACUCACGCUUUUGGAUGUAUCAAAUAAAACAAGUUUUCGAGAAUGUUGAAUUGACAUGAACGGUAAACGAUUACAGAGUGAACGAGUCAAGUGUUUAACUACUCGAUCAAAUGUGCGUUGAAAAUAUUUAGAUUGGUGGAAUUUGAAGAAUCAACAAUGAAGGAAAGAGAGUCGAGCAAAAUGACGAAUCAAUCGGAUUGGGCAGAGACAACCAUGAUUGCAAUCCAGAUGUAUUAUACACCGGUAUUAGUAUCCCUGGGUACUUUAGGCAAUUGUUUAUCAGUGUACGUAUUUUUCUACACAAAAAUGCGAAGAGCUUCAUCGAGCUGGUAUCUGGCAGCCCUCGUGAUAAGUGAUACGGGCUUCCUGGUGGCGGUAUUCGUCGUGUGGUUGAACAUGGUGGGAAUUGGCAUUUUCAACCUUGAGGGUUACUGUCAAUUUUUUGUCUAUCUAUCGACAUUGUGUAGUUUUUUGAGUGUAUGGUUUGUGGUAUCGUUCACCGUUGAACGUUUCAUAGCAGUGCAGUAUCCCCUGCGACGGCAGUCAAUGUGCACAGUGGCAAAAGCCAAACUGGUCCUGACUUUAAUCACUGGAAUUGGAGUGGUGCUGUGCAGUCCAGUUCUAUGGCUCACCAGUCCCCAGCCCAUGCAGCAUAAACAAAAUAUAACAGCGUGUUUGUUGGUGGCGGAGAGGGAGAAUUUUGCCAAUGUAUUUAAUGCCGCUGAUACCAUCUUAACUUUCGUUCUACCUUUCACUGUCAUUGUCAUUCUCAAUGGGCUUAUUUCGAGGACUGUCUGGAGGUUGGCUAAUGUACGGAGGACACUGACCACUAAUGGCCAGAGCAGAGAUCCCAAGUGCGGAAACAUCGGCGUGUCUCAGGCGACAGUCACAAAAAUGCUACUGGUAGUUUCCACCGUUUUUCUCUGCUUCAAUCUGCCGGCCUACGUCAUGAGAGUCAGAGCAUUUCUCGAGGUACACCAAGAUGAUCCAAGGUCCACUGUAAUAGCUCAGCACAUCGCUAACAUUCUCUUUGAUACUAAUUUUGGAAUAAACUUCGUACUGUACUGUGCGAGCGGACAAAACUUCCGUAAAGCCGUUGUACGAUUGAUCCUCAGGAGGCCGAGAAGAUGGCACUCUGGCACACCAGUAUCGAAUCAUGUGAGCGAUGUGAGGAGAUCGAGCAGCAAAGUUGCCAGACAAAGAACGAUCGUUUACGAGGUUCCCUGGACUGAGGGCUGUGAGCUGAGGGAAAUUGAGUCCACGACAAGCAGGAGACUAAGUCAAUAAAAUAUCGGAUAAGAAUACAAUACCCACCGCUGUCAAGCUCAGCCCCUGGCAGUGGUCGAAUAUUUCCGAAGAAUCUCUGGUCCAGGAGUU